AUGGCUCUUCUACCGGAGCAAGCUGUCCGAGUCCAAAUCCCAGACACCCUUGCACCGAUUCGCACACAGAGACUGCUCCUUCGCCCGCUGGCGGACUCUGACGCAGACGAUCUGUUUGCUAUCCGGUCACGGCCAGAAGUCGCCAGGACCAACUACCCAAAAACACCCCAUCAGUCAGUCCAAGAGACGCGCGAAUGGAUGGCGACGAAGAUAUUUACAGAGGGCCCUGAGGACAUGAUUGGCCGUCACUUCACCUACGUGCUAACUGAACAUGGACAGUCUGAGCCUGAGACUGAACGACUGCUCACGGGCGGACGGGUGAUCGGCUACGUCGGUAUCAAUGAAGUGUAUCCCAGCCCUGAAAUCGGGUAUUCCAUCCAUCCUGACGUCUGGGGCAAGGGGUAUGCCACUGAAGCUCUGGAGGGACUCCUCAAGGCAUGGUGGGAGAUGUCUCGUUCGCGGGGAGAGGACGUGGACGAAGGGGUGGAACGGGUUUUUGCCAUCUGUGAGAAGGCGAAUGCGGGGUCAAGUAGGGUAUUGAGCAAAUGUGGGUUCAGGGUAUUCCAGGAGAUGGCAUUUGAAGAGGACGAACUGUUUCUUUGGGAGUUAGAACGACCAGGAAUCGACACAUGUUGA